AUGUCACCCACCACAACCACUUCCAACUUGAGCGCGAUCCAGUCCAGUAAUGCUGAUGUAGCGAAUACUCCUACCACCUCUUCCGAGGGCCGCCGGGGCCAAAUUGGGAAUGGCUCCCACGUAUGCGUCUUAGGCAAGCAGAUCGGCAAUGGCUCGCACGUCUGCACUAUCUCCAAAGCUGAAAUCGAGGCCGACUCGUCCGUGGUCCCCUCGAAACAGAUCGGCAACGGCUCUCACGUUUGUAGCAUCAAUUAG